AGGGGGGUUUGCAUUUUGAGCCUGAGCAUGGCAAUGGCGCUUUUAGGGGUUUAGGGCGCCCGGGAGAAUUUCACCAUUCGUUUAUGAUGUUUCUUUCGACUUGUUUUGAUGGCAGAUUGAUGAUCCGGGUGUCAGUGCAAGAGUAGCCUUCUUUCGUCCAUUUCAGUAAGGAACUGCUUGUUCUGACGUCGAUUUGUAGUGGCACGGACAAUCAAUUCGCCGGGUGGUGUUGGACAUGAUGACGUUGUUGUCGCGGGCAAGUUUUGGUUCGCUCCGAUUUGCUCCAGAACGUGGAGCAGAAUGUAGCUCCCUGUGUGUAUCAUUUCAAGCUCGAAAGCAAGGGGGUAGUGCAAUUUUAAUGUCGUGGCCGUUGGUUUUGAAGCUGCGAUCGAGGGGCGUUUGUGCAUCGGUUGGGAAUGAGAAUAGUGGGGAGACUGUGCGAGCAGGACCUAGGAUUAUGUUUGCUGCGGGUGGUACAGGGGGUCAUGUAUACCCAGCUCUCGCAAUUGCUGACGAAGUGAAGAUGUUGAAUCCAGCAGCUGAAAUUGAGUUUGUGGGUACCAUAGAGCGCAUGGAGUGGGUUGCAGUUCCCAAAGCAGGCUUUCCAAUCUCUCCAAUUCCUGCUGUGGCGAUACGGCGGCCAUUUUGGAGCUUGGCAAAUGUACUCUUACCGUUCCGCUUGCUUCUCUGUUUGUGGAUGUCGUGGAGAAUAGUACGCAAAUUUAGACCGGAUGUGGUGGUUGGAACAGGGGGCUAUGUCGCAGGUCCAUUGUGUCUCAUGGCCGCGCUGGCUGGAACCGCGGUUGCCAUUCAGGAGCAAAAUGCAUAUGCGGGAGUGACCAACCGCAUCCUUGGUAGAGUUGCGAAGGUCAUAUUCAUAGCUUUUGCGGCUGCUACCUCCUACUUCCCAAAGCAGAAAUGUGUCUUUAUCGGAAACCCCACCAGGAGAGUGCUCCAGCAGCGUAUUGAUCGAUUGUCUGCAUUACGUUACUUUUUUGGGGAUCUAAAUGUGGAUGGCCAUGAGGAUCUGGAGGUGGUUGUCGUGAUGGGGGGUUCACUUGGAGCACGUAUUAUCAACGAGACGAUGGCAGAAAUUGCUUCAUCCCUGUUGGAGCAGAAGCGUGGGAGGUACAUUAUCUGGCAGACAGGGACAAUCAAUUACGAUUCUACAAUGAGGAGAGUCGGCAGCCAUCCACGAUUAGCUCUCUUACCAUAUGUAGACGCCAUGGAGAUGAUGUAUGCUGCUGCGGAUAUUGUUGUAGCAAGGGCGGGUGCAAUAACCUGCAGCGAGUUGCUGGUCACAGCUACGCCGGCCAUUCUGAUUCCGGCCACCUCUGUAGCUGAAGAUCAUCAAAUGAAGAAUGCACGGGCCAUGGCUGAGGGUGGUGCUGCUACUAUCCUACCAGAGAGGGAUCUUGUUGCAGAAAGACUUGCGACAGUGAUUCUGAACAUUCUAGGAGACAAUGCAGAACAGAGGAGGAUGCAAAAUGCUGCACUACGUAUGGCAGCACCAGAUGCAGCACAGCAGCUCGCCAAACAUGUGCUCUCCUUGGCAUCAUGAUUUAUUUGGAAGCCAUGCAACGAGUUUGAUUGCUAUAACUGUUGUAGGUUUUUUACUCCAGAGAUCCGUGAAGGCUUUAUGUUAACAAGGCACGCUGUUUAUGGUAUAGCUGGCGGAAAUAUCGACUGAGAGAAGGAAAUGAUGUGCGAGGAGAAUUCGAAGCAUGUUCUUGACGAGGCUGUUGCAGAUGCAUGAUUGAAGUGCCUGCUAUUUGAUACACAUCACAACCACGUUCGUCUCUUUCAGCAAUUGUAUUUGUAAAUGCCAUGAUCAUUUCAUCAAUGUCAGAGCAACCAUAAUUGAAUGUUUCAUGCGGAAUACUAACUUUGGCUUUAGUUCAGGUCUUGGCUAGGGCUUGCAUUUCCAUAUUGAAACGCUCGUGAACGCUUUCCUAUACAAACCAGAUUCGAGCAGGGAUACAUAGGAUAUUGAAACCUUUUUUUUGAGAUCCUGAGUGUGCUGUAAACACUAGUUGCACGAGAGUGAUGAAAAUUGUUUGCUCGGUUUCCUUAUAUCGUUGCAAACAAGAUUCUUACUGUUGGCAUGCACUCUCCAGUAGAUUUUAAGAAUUAAUCUCGACGAAAUGCAAGGAUACGUGUGGUAGUUGCUGCAAAAUCUAUAAAAAGCAAUGUAUUACAUGUUCUUAUAUUUUUUCUUCAACGUUUCUCUCAUAUGUCGGGUCUGAGGUUCGAUGUCGGAACGAUAUGCUGCAGUGAAUCUUCCUCAUUCAGUUAUCACGAACAGAAAUCUUCGAUGUAUACAGGAAGAUGGGAGGUGCCACAUCAUUGCAGUAGAUGCUGCAUUUGGAAAGGUAUCUAGUGAUCUCACGAUGCUGGCUUAUGAAAAGGGGUUGCCAAUGCAAGGUUCACAUAGGAUAUGGAACUUCAGCCCAAAUGAAAAGGCUGCUAAAGUAUGGCCAAUGGACAUCCUUGACCACACAUAGUCAUCCCAAGGACUGAAAUCUCCUUCAUUGAGCAGGCAAUCAAGACUCUCACUACUUCUAAAGAAUUUGUCCUUGAUUCUUGUGAAGCAAUUGUAGUUUUCAAUGUUGAAUAUUUGUGGCAGAGCUCGAGAAGAUGUUUGAAUUGGCAUACUUCAUUUUACCCCAUCAAUCCUGGCAUUGCAAUAGUGGCACUGUGAUUUUGCAGUGGAGCUCUGAGAAUUAAUUGUUGUGACUAUUUAGUGCAAAUCUAUACAAUUAACUGAUUUGGAGGAGUUGAUCAAGGUGAAACAAAAGUAGUAUGUGCUUGCACCUCUUAGUGCAUGCAGUCCAUUUAAAAUACACUACUCUGCAAUAAAUCUUGUUCUACUUGCAGUGA